ACGAUUAACAGCUGUUUUGUUUCUUUUGCUAGCAGCCGCAGUACGCUUUAACAUUUAAUUUCAAGCACUUUCAUCAUAAGACCUAAUAAUCAACGAUGCAUAUCACAAUAAUUACGUCAGUGUCAAAUCUUUUUAUAUUUUGUGUUCUCUCUAAGCGAUUGCACAUUUUCGGCAAUAAUCAAUAAUCAACCAUAAGAAAGAAAAACGUGCUGAUGCAAAAAUAUCUCUUUUCGUGGUAUAUAUAAAGAAAAAUAGUUUUUACAAUCAUCAAUUCAAUCGUGUCUUUUAAACAUUAAACAUCUAGUUUGAGUGUCAAUAAAUAGAAAAAUAAAAAUAAAUAAAAAAAAUCAAGAUGAGAGCGUGGCAGCUGCUUGCAUGUGUAGCUUUAACUCAUUUUGUAGUGUCUACUGCAUUUUCUUUUUCGGGUCAAACCCACGAAUCGUAUGGAUUUGAUUUAGAAGCAGCUGCAUCAGGACAUGGUGGUGGUCAUGGCCAUUCAUCAGGAUUUGAAGAAGAUGGUGGUAGUGAUUUUGGUGCCAAACACCAUUCAGAGUCUGGCAAGAAAGGCGGUGAUGGCCAUAAAAAGAAACAUUCUUGGGAUAAAUCUGAAAAAGGAAGCCAUCAUAAGGAUGAACAUUCAGGACAUGAUGAAGAAGAAGGUGGUCAUAAAAAAUCAAGCUACGAUGAAGGUGAAUCACAUAAAGAACAUCAUGAAGGAGGAAAGAAAUCCAAAGGUGGAAAGCAUGGACAUAAGAAAUACCACAAAAAAGGUUCGAAAACCACUGGAUAUCAUAAGAAAGCCAACAAGGAUGAAUAUCACAAAGAACACAAAUUCUACGAUGACAAACAUUCAGAAGGCAAACACAAGAAAUAUGGAGAUGACCACUCUCAUCAUGCCUCAGAAGAUGGCAAACACUCGAAAGGUCACAAAUCUGAAUCCGGUCACAAAGAAGGUGGUGGCAAGAAGAAAGGUGGAUCUGAUAAGGGACAUUACGAUGAAGAUCACAAAGGAUACAAAAAUAAGCACGGACAUGAAUCCCAUCAUUCACAUCAUGAAAAGCAUGGCAAGAAAGGUGGAAAGAAGGGAGGAAGUGAACAUGGAUAUAAACAUGGUGGUCAUGGAGGUGGUCAUCAUUAAAAUCUUCAUCAGUAAUGCUUUUACUUCUCUGCUGAAAGCAUGUUGAACAUGCACAAUACAACAUCGAUCAAAUAAAAUAAUAAUUUUUACUGAAA